AUGGCUGGAUCUGUUUGGAAUAGAAAUAGUUGGCAUUGGGAAGAAAAAAAUUAUAAUAAAUGGGGAGAAUCUUAUAUAAAAUCUAAAUUAAUUAAUUUAAAAAUAGAAGAGGAUGAUUUAAUUAUAUAUUUCGACAACAUAAAAGUUACAGGAAGUGCAUGUGUUUCUAUUAGAAAAGGAAAACAGAUUAAUUCUUUUGAAUAUAUUAUUAAAUUUCAAUGGUUAUCAUCAAAUAAAACAGACAAUAUUGAGCAUAGAGGGGAUAUAGAAAUACUUGAUUUUUCCAAUUGUUCAGUGGAGGAUAAUGAUUAUGAAAUAAAUAUAGAAAAAGAGUCUGAUAAUGAUGAAUCAAGAAGAAUAUAUGAUAUAUUAAAAAAAGAAGGAAAAGAAAAAAUUAAAGAUUCUCUGAAAAAUUUCCCUGAAGAUCUUUUAAAACAUGAUGCAAGUGAAUCAAGCAAAGAGCUGAAAAUUAAGGAAAAUGAGGAAGAAAAAUUAAAAAAUAUAAAAGUAGUAAAUAGUAAUGAAACAAAAAAAGAAAACUUAUUAGAAAGUAUGAAUAAAGGAAUAAAUGAUGAAAAAAAAGAGGGAUCUGUUUGGAAUAUUAAUAAUUAUCACUGGGAAGAAAGAUGUUUAACAAAAUGGGCAAAAGAAGAAUUAAAAAAUAUUUUAGAUAACUGUACUGUUGAAUUAAGUAAUAAUAUUUUUUUACAAUUUUUUUAUUCAGAAGUGGAAGGUGAGGCAUCUUCUAGUAUAAGAAAAAAAAAAAAAAUUUUAAUUUAUGAUUUAAAAGUAAAUAGUGAAUGGAAAGCAUAUAAAAGAAAGAAAAAUAAUGAAAUUGAAAUUGAGACAAAAGGACAUGUAAGUAUCGGUGAGAUAAUUUCCGAUUUUUCUUGUGAUGAUGAAACGAAAUACAAAUAUAAUUUUAUUUUUGACAAUAAUACAAUUGAAUAUAAAGAUAUGAAUGAUAUUAUAAAAUCUGAAGCUUCAAAUCAAAUAAAUAAAAUAAUUGAUUCAUUUAUUUCAAAAAUGAAGGAAAAAUAA